AAAUAAUUUUUGGCAGCACCAACCCUAACCAACCGUUAGAUAGCUAACGAUAUAUAUACAGUGAUAGAUCCUAGGGAGUAGAAGUAAGAAGAAAGUCGAUAUACAACGAGGUAUGCUCAACACUAGCGGAGAGAUCAAUAUAUAAUCAAACAUGUCUGAUGAGAUCAUUCUAUCAAAGGAGAAUCAAUCAGCUGGAAGAAGAGCUUCAUAUCAACAGUUCUUUCAAGAUGGAUUUCAAAACAAAACCAAACAGGAAUCAGUAGCCUAUGAACAAAUCCAAAUCAAUAAUCAAAAAUCAAAUCAGAAAAUCGUCAAUGAAUUCAUAGCCCAUAAAAGAAUACGACAGGAUGAAAAUGAUAACUCUAGUCAAGUUGAAUCCAGUGAGCUUGAUUCAUUAGUUGAUAUGUCUCAAAUCCACAAUCCACAUGAACCAACCAGUUCAAUCACAAUUGAACCAGUGGUAGAUAAACCCCAUAUCACUAUCAUUGAUGAUUCUACAAAGGCUCAAUUUAUGAUUGAGAAAUUAUUGGCUAUAUCUGCCAACUUCUUGAAAGCUGCUCAUAAAUCAGUGUUGAAUACUAAUAGUAAACAAGGAAUGGUUGAUUAUAAUAACACGGUUGAGCUUAGUAUCAAGGCAUUGUUGAUGAUUUUAACGAAAUACAAUCGAUACUUGAAUCCAUAUCUUGAACUGACGAUUUGUUUAAAGGUUGCAACCAUAUUAUUCAAUGAAACAUUGAGUAUAGAAUUAGCCGAUGAAUAUGUUAAUAAAGCGAUUGAUAUUGCAUCGAGGAAUAAUAUCAUCUUGUUAAAGUUUGAGGCUGAGUAUCUCCAAGUUAAGAUUCUACAAAGUACGAAUAUGACAAUGGUAAUGCAUUAUCUCAAUGAGAAAACGAUGUAUUAUCAACGAUCUGGAUUACACGAGUUUGCAUGUCUAUUUCAAUUCUGUAAGGUCCAUCAUUUAUUAAAUACGGAUAUAAUCUCAGGAUUGAAUGCUUUAGAAAUGAUGCUUCAAGAUCAACCCUGGAAUAAUUCAAUACAGGUUUAUAAGUUCUUAUUCCAUGCCAGUCAACAUCUUCAUAGAGGUUCACCAAUGCAAGCUUUGUCAGAUGUUCAAGUCGUGGCACCAUUGCUUGCAACUGUAAAUAUAAAGCAAUUAUAUGCUAUGCAACUAGUAUCUAAAUUCAGUGCUUAUAUUCAAUGUAAUGAUAUUGAGAAUGGGAAUAUUGCUAUGCGAGAAUUGAGUGAUUUUGUAAUGGGUGAACAGAAACACUCUUGGAAAUCAUGGAAAGAAGACGGUUCUUUCGAUAUACCAAUUCAAGUUACAUUACUUCAAAUUGAAUACAACUUUACUGUUAAAUGGUUGAGUUCGGAUGAAUUUGUCAUUAUGUUUUAUUAUCUUACUGGGAUGCAUUUACUUUCCGAAGCUGCAAAUGGGAAGAAGAAAGCUAAGAAAGUAUUUGAAAGAUGUCUGCAAAUCAUUGAAAAGCAAUUAAAAGAAUUGACGGGUGAAAUAUCAAGUAAAAGAAAAUUCGACACUAGUCAACUUCAUAAAAAAGUGAUAAAGAUGAAAUUUAUCAAAUAUAAUAUUGAUUAUUAUAAGGUAUGGAUUGGAUUUCUUAAUAGUCAAUUCAAAGAUAUCAAAUAUUUGAAUCAAUUCAUGAGUGAUUUCAAUAAUGGAAAAUUUAAGCCAGAAGAACAGGUUGUAUUCGAAUCAUUAAUACCUAAGGUUUAUUACUUAUUUGCCGUCUACUAUCAUUAUAUGGGAGAUCUUCAAGCUGCGAAAUAUCAUUACAUGAAGGUGAUUAAUUUAACAUCAGGAAAGAGUCAAUCUACGUUCACCGCCCAAUGCAAUGAAGCUUUCAACUUGACAUUUGGAAUAGUUAACGAAUCAAUACGUGGUUGUGGUGAAUUUAAUGAUUUAUAUGUUUACUCCACUUUCCAUCUUUUAAUUUUGAAUCAAUUUGAAAUUAAAGAAAUUAGUAAACACAUGAAUGAUAAAUCAGAUGAGAAACUCAAAUACUAUCAUGGAUUAAAUUCAAAACUUAUUAAUUCCUUGUCAACUUGCUUUAAUCCUAAUAUCACUUCGAAUUCAUUCACAACCAAUUUCGUUUCAUCCAACCAAUUAUUAGUCGUUACUUAUCGUCUUGUGCUAGCCAUUGUCAAUGAUGAGUUUUCCGAAGCUAAACUUGGAAAGAAUGAUUCAUUGAUUCAAGAUGUUACAACUUGUAUCACAAGCCUUCAGAAUGUAACAAGUUACCCCUUCAUAACCAAUUUAAUGAAUUAUGUUAUUUAUAUAUCUGCUACAGAUGUUCAACAAAAGAAUCAAUACUUUGAUAAAUGUCUUUCAGUAAUGUCCAAUACAUCAGGGACUGAUAAUGAUAAAACCUUAAGUAUCUUUAUCUUAAAGAGUUUAGAAGAGCAUUUCAAAAGUACAGGAGAGAAUGAACGAGCUAAUAUGGCUGAAUUACAACGUCAAUAUUUCUAUAAUACAUUAAGUGAUAAGUUUAAAUUCUUAAUGAAUAAUAUUGAUAACGCAUAAUAAAAAAUAUAGAUCUAACUUAAAAAUGAAAUGGAUAUAUUUCAAAAGUAAAACUAAUAUACUUGUAUAUAUAAAACUAAUAAAUGUACAGAAAUGUAUUAUUAUGAUAAUACU